GUUGAAAUGAAAGCUUUUAACUUCUUAGUUCUUAUUUUUGUCCAAGAUUUCGGAUUGAGUUUGGGAGAAGUUCGAUCAGACUGUGUUUGUGGUGAGUCAAACACAAAGACAUCAGGGAGAAUCGUCAAUGGAAAGAUCACCACACCCCAUAAGUAUCCUUGGAUGGCUGCAAUGUUUCUGGCAACGUCAAGUUCAUUUAUGUGUGGGGGAGCAAUCAUCUCAGAUAAGAACAUUUUAACUGCUGGUCAUUGUCUAUUCUAUAUUCCAGAUCCUUACAAAACUUAUUGGAUGCUUGGAAUGUACGACAGAAGUCGUCAAGAUGGAAGGAAAUAUCAUGUCGCACAUUAUCAAUUUCAUCCAAAGUUUAUUAAUUAUACUGUUUACGAUGACUACGAUAUGUCGAUUGUGCGACUCGGAGAGAGAAUUAUUUUUGAUUUUACAAUGAGGCCGAUUUGUUUACCGCAACCCGACGAUGCCUUCACAGGUUUAUGGGCAGUUGUUGCUGGAUGGGGGAGAAUUGCUGAGGGAGCUGGUGCAAAAUUGGCAUCAGUUUUGUUGGAAACAAAAAUCAAAGUUUACCGAAAUGAUGAAUGUAAACAUAAAGUUAAGAGGCUUGUCGAGUUUAAUCCCAAAUCGAUGAUUUGUGGCUAUGAAAAUAAAAAAGAUGCUUGUCAGGGUGAUUCUGGUGGACCAUUUUUCAUUGAAACUCAUCCCAAUCGUUACGAAGUGUUUGGUGUUGUUUCCUUUGGGGAUGGUUGUGCCAGAGAAUUCCCAGGAAUUUAUGGCAAGGUAUCAAAUCGUGAAACUUUAAACUGGAUAGGACGAUACAUCGCUACAUCACAAAGUGACACAUGUUCGGAUUCAAUUUAUUAAUAUUCAAUUUUUUAAAUUCUUCAAACUGAAUUAAUAAAUUUAAUUUCAUUGAUAAACUUCUCUUCAUUGUCGUCACUAAUUUAAAAAGCAAACAAUGAUUCGACAUUUAUUAAUAAGAAAUAAUAACAUUUCCAUAAACCGCAACAGCAAACAGACGACAGAAAGAGUUGAAACGAACGUCACGUGUAAAAGUAACAAAACGAAACAAAAGCUUAUGACGCAUAUGUCGGCGAUGAUGUCAUCAAAACCUGAAUUUUGAAUAUUUCAAUAAAA